CAUAUAAACGAAGCUCCGUCCUCCGCAAGCUGGACAGCCGUAUUGGCAAGACUACAGCAACACCGGAGGCAGAGGAAUUCAAGCAGUUCAAGGUGUUGAUUGCCGCAUCCUGUUGGAUCGCUUGUAACUCCCCGAUCUGGAUCUGGAUAGUAGUACGACUGUUGACGGCUGCCAUAUAUCUCCCUCGCUGGAUCUACAUCGACUGCAUGCUCACUCCUCAUCACGCAUCUCUCCACUUGAUUCAAGUGCCAGCUGAAAGCGCGAGCGAACCCUGUACCUACUUUCCAGAGAGCAAGGGAGGGAGAUCUAUCUAGUUUUUGCUCUGGAAUAAGGGUGUCCCCAAGAUCCGUCUCUGAUCUCUCCAGUCGAUUCAAGUACCAGCUCAAGCUUGAGCUAACCCUGCAACCAAUGGCGGGGGUUCUGGAUGCUUUGGCAUCCUACGUGACUAGCAUGCUUGCCGAGAUGGCCAAAGAGGAGGUGGCCAUGCUAAUCGGCGUGUCCAAUGGGAUCAAAGACCUGAGCAUCAAGCUUGGGGACCUCAAGAGUUUCCUUGCUGAUGCUGAUAAGAGGAACAUCACCGAAGAGAGUGUGCGGGGAUGGGUGGGAGAACUGAAGCGUGCCAUGUACCUGGCCACCGACAUCGUCGACCUAUGUCAGCUCAAGGCCAUGGAGCAGGGUCCAUCCAAGGACAUGGGAUGCCUUAACCCACUCCUCUUCUGCAUGCGAAACCCCCUCCACUCCCAUGACAUCGGCACCCGCAUCAAGGCAUUGAACAAGGAGAUGGAUAGCAUCUGCAAGCGGGGCAAGAAAUUUAAAUUUGCCAACCUAGAAGCCUACCAAGACUUGAACAUGACUCGAUCUCUUGCCACUGACCGCAAAACAGAUUCAUUGAUGGAGCGGUCAGGUGUUGUUGGCGAGAAGAUUGAGGAGGACACAAGAGCACUCGUGGAGUUGCUCACAAGUGAGGCGGGCAGCGACAAGACUGGUUACCUCACCGUGGUCGCCAUUGUUGGUGUCGGAGGGAUUGGUAAGACUACCCUUGGCAAGAAGGUCUUCAAUGACGGGGCUAUCAAAGGCAAGUUCACCAAGAAGAUAUGGCUUAGCAUCACACAAGAUUUCACUGAUGUUGAGCUAUUAAGUACAGCCAUUACUGCCGCUGGGGGAGACCAACCUGGAGGGGGUGGGACUCAAGAUAGGGCCCUACUUGUUGAUGCUCUCAAGAACGCCAUCGAGGACAAGAAGUUCUUUCUUGUGCUCGAUGAUAUGUGGGGAGCUGAUGCAUGGAGCAAACUGCUCAUGACUCCCUUUGGCUAUGGUGGCCCGGGCAGCCGAGUCCUCAUCACCACAAGAAGUGAAACUGUUGCGAGAAACAUGAAAGCUGCACACUGCCACCACGUUGACAAGUUAGGGCGCGAAGAUGCAUGGUCACUGCUCAAGAAUCAGGUACUCAGUACAGAGGAGAAUGGACUUGAGGUUGAUGUGCUAAAGGAAAUUGGGUUGCAAAUUGUAGAAAAAUGUGAUGGUUUACCACUCGCUAUAAAAGUAAUGUGGGGGCUUCUAUGCAGCAAGGAGAAAUCACGGUUUGCAUGGGAAGAUGUCCUGAAUGAUGACAUAUGGUCAGUAUCUCCAAUGUCAGAUGAACUAAACUAUGCAAUUUAUCUUAGCUACAAGGACUUGCCCUCUUGCUUAAAACAAUGCUUCCUGCACUUCUCCCUUAAACCCAAAAAGUCUGUGCUAAAUGUUCGUAAAAUUGUGUCCAUGUGGAUUUGUGAAGGAUUGCUUCAAGGAGGCUCAACUAGUUUGGAAGAAGAAGGGAAAAGGAACUAUAAAGAGCUAAUAUUAAGGAACCUUAUAGAGAUAGAUCCAUCAUUUCCUAGCCAACUUAUUUGCAACAUGCAUGAUGUUAUUCGCUCAUUUGCUCAAUUUGUGGCUAGGGAUGAAACACUAGUAGGUCACAAUGGAGAUACUGCUAGAGAAAACCUUAAAUCAUCCAAUUUUCUUAGACUGUCUAUAGAAACCAAAGGUGUGGGAAUAGAUGAAUUUGAGUGGAGAUAUUUAAGAGAGCAGAAAUUGCUUAGGACACUGAUAUUAACUGGAAACCUCAAAAUUCAGCGUGGGGACUCGUUGAUUAACUUCCAAAGUCUACGUCUUCUGCAUAUAGAAUCUGCAAAUAUUGCUGCACUGGUUGAAUGUAUGUACCAACUCAAGCACUUGAGAUAUUUGUCAUUAAAGAGGACUGAUAUUUGUAGACUACCAGAGAACAUCCAUGAGAUGAAAUUCCUACAGCAUAUUGACCUUGAAUAUUGUGAAAGUUUCAUGAAAAUUCCUGAUAGUAUUAUCAAGCUGCAAGGGUUGAGAUAUCUUGAUAUGGAUGACACAUGUGUAAGUAGUAUUCCUAGGGGUUUCCGAGCUCUUACAAAUUUGAGGGUACUAUGUGGGUUUCCAGCCUAUACUGAUGGUGACUGGUGUAGUUUGGAAGAGUUGGGGUCUCUUUCCCAGCUCAAUGAACUUUCACUAGGGAGCCUAGAAAAUGUAUCUAGUGCCUUGUUGGCUGAAAAGGCAAGGGUAAAUGCAAAGAAAAAACUUACCGUACUUGCUUUAAAAUGUGGUGGUAGAGUGGGACAUGGGUUGGUCCAAGGAGAAGUCUCUGAGUCUAAGGAGGAGGAGCAAAUAAUUGAGGCGGUGUUUGAUGUGCUCUGUCCUCAGCCUUGCAUAGAACAAAUCAACAUCGAUAGAUAUUUUGGUCGCCGGCUCCCAGGCUGGAUGACGUCCACAGUUAUGGUGCCUCUCGAGAGCUUGAAGAUUCUUGUCCUCAAACACCUGCCCUGCUGCACCCAACUCCCAGAUGGCUUGUGCAGGCUCCCGUAUUUGGAGUGGAUAAAAGUGAUGAAUGCUCCAGUAAUCAAGUGUAUUGGUCCUGAAUUCGUUCAACAGUACAAUCAGCUGCACCGUCCUUCAUCUCAGUUGGCUGCUACGUUUCCCAAACUCCAGAAGUUGCAUUUUGAUGGAAUGGAUGAGUGGGAGGAGUGGGUUUGGGAGACGGAAGUGAAAGCUAUGCCCUUAUUGGAGGUACUUCGCAUCAGUGAUUGCAAAUUGGGCCGUAUGCCUCCAGGACUUAUGUCUCAUGCGAUGGCGUUGAAGAAGCUAAUACUAUGGGACGUCCAAGGUCUCCACUCUCUAGAGAACUUUGUUUCUGUAGUUGAGCUCGACCUGUGUUACAUACGCGAACUGGCCAUGAUCUCCAAUAUUCCAAAAUUACAAAAGCUUACAAUCAAGUACUGCCCAAAGCUGGAGAUGCUGCAGGAGAUGGCUGCACUCCGGAGACUCGAGCUGAGCAUUUUCGACAGGGAAAAUCAACUUCCAGUCUACCUGCAAACUGUGAAGCCUAGUCAUUUGCUGCUGACCUGCAACCUAGCAGUACUCACUUCCAUGGCUGAGGGUGAAUCUAGCUCCGAGUGGGACAAGUUCAGUCAUAUCAAGCACGUUGAGGCUUACGCAGAGGAUGGAGAAGAUGAGAAGAAAUGGCACGUGUUCUACACAUCUGAAUCCUGCAACAUAGAGACAAAUAUUCAUCAGGAUCGAUUGGUCGAAGAAGAGGAGUAGGCUGAAACUCCAGCCGAACGAGGAAGGACCAUAUGAUGCAAGGAUAUAUAAGGAUACGGGGAAAGAAUCAGCCAUAAUGCCAUAUACACUUACCUGCAGAGAUUCAGACACCACACUAAUUUCUUGAGAAGUAAACUUCUUGGCGGACUAUCUAGCUGGUGCAGAAAUAUGGUGAUCUUGGCAAGUCUGCCGCUUGUGUAGUGCAAGCAACUAAUGGAGUUUAUGCUACUCUGCUCGGCUCUGCUCUGUUCUCUGAAAGCAGCUCAGGUUGCAGCUUCUCCAUAGUGGCGUUUUUCUUUUUCUUUUUCACGGGUGUUUUGCGUUGGUUCUCUGAAAAACUAUGUUUUUUUUGAUAGAUCAGUCAAUAGUAUACUGGUAUUUCAGCUUUUAAUUUGUACUGUAACAACACAAAUGACUGUCAGAGAGUGUAGUUUAUUCAAGCUCCCGGCUGCUAAAUUGUGACUGUAUGUCAUAGGAAUUGGGAGUGAUGUAUACUGGACCAAACAAAUGGUGGUGAGAUCCUGCUGUCAGUAUGGUCUAGCAAUCUGUUGUUUCUUCGACCAGUGCAAUCAAAUUAAGUUCAGGUU